UAACUCAAUCUCAGACCUUUGAAACGACGUAGUUUAAGUUUGGUGACAACAAAUGUGUAUCGUCUGAUGCAGAGCCAUUACCUUCCACCGCAACUUCUCUUUCAGAAACAAGCAUUCCAGGUGGCAGUUUUGUUCCAUUAAUUCUCGAUAUUUUCUCCAGGAUAAGUAAUGCUUCUUCUCGUCUCCCCUUUGCGCAUAAAAAUCUCAGUGAUUCAAUGGUGAAACCGUAGAACAAAAGAAGCAAUGAAGAGGGUACAGAAGAAAACGCAAGUAGCCAUCUCCAGCCCAGUUUUGGCAUGACAACCUGUAAUAAGCAGAAGAAGUAUUGGAUACUAAUUUGCUCAAUGCCGCCCCAUCGUGGCCGUGAUUCAUACUAUUAUGCUCCCCUAGGUUUCUGAGGUGGCCCGUGAUGUCAACCUCCCUUCCGCCUUGCUCUGGAUUCAACCCGCGACUGUUUUGGAUAUUUACUAUUACUACUUCCAUGGAUAUGAGGAUGACUUCAAGAAUGCCGCUAGCGAUCCAAACCGCCCCGUCUAACUACCUGGGCUUCCUCCCCUGUUCAGCCGCGAUCUCCCGUCAUCUCUACUCCCCUCCGGCUCCGGUGGAGAUUACAGUUUUGCCAUGCCAACCUUUAAGCUAAUCUAACUGUGCUGGUUAACACUUUCGACGCUUUGGAGGCAGAGGGACUGAAAUCCAUAAGUAGCUACAAUUUGAUGGGAGUUGGGCCAUUAAUUCCCUCCGCUUUCUUGGAUGGAAAAGAUCCCUACGACACCGCCUUCGACGGUGAUCUUUUCAAGAAAUCAAAGGACGGCGGCUACAUCAACGACUGGCUGAGCUCGCAGCUGGAGUCUUCUGUGGUCUACAUUUCAUUCAGAAGCCUCCUGAACCCUUCCAAAACCCAAAAGGAAGAUACCGCGAAAGGGUUGCUGGAGAUUAAAAGCCCAUUCCUGUGGGUGAUAAGAGACAAACCAGAAAACGAUAAAGGAGACAAUAACGAAGAAGAAAAGGAGAAAUUGAGUUGCAUGGAGGAAUUGGAAAAACAUGGAUUAAUAGUGCCAUGGCGUUCCCAAAUCGAAGUCCUGAAACACCCCUCUCUGGGUUGCUUCAUCACGCACUGUGGAUGGAAUUGGACUCUCGAAAGCAUAUACUCCGGCACACCGGCGGUGGCGUUCCCUCACUGGACGGACCAAGGGACUAACGCCAAGCUGAUUCAAGAUGCGUGGAAGACCGGCGUGCGGGUGACACAAGGCGAAGACGGCGUUGUUGGGAGUGAUGAAAUAAAGCGGUGCAUUGUGACGGUGGCUCAGAAUCUGAGACUGAGUUGAUAUGAUGAAAAGACGC